CAAUCUCUACAACAAGCUCAACUUCUCUCCUUUCCCUAAGUCUUCUCUCCUCCCCUUUGGUCUUCAGUUAGAGAUCUUUCUUGUUCCAAUACUUCCUCUUGAUUAUCUCACUUCCUGAAAUACACCAAAGAGUGCAGCUUAUCUUGAUGGAGCCAGGAGAGAAGUCUAAGAAUUGCAGUAAACAAAGCGCUUGAAACUGUCAGUCUGGAGAAUCUACAGCAAUAGCUUUGGAGAGCCACACUUGGAAGACUCCAGUCCACAAAGAACCUUCCGUCAAGACUUCCAGGAUCUUAGUGGUGGUGCAAUCCUUAGAGAAGGUUAUAUGGCUUUGCUCUUCAGUGCAUACUCUGUAAGGGUCCCAGUGUCUCCAAGAGUGCUCUUCACCAGCAAGGAAAAGAAACGGGUGAAUUAUGAGUCUUGACAAUUGCUGAUCUUGGGCUUCUGGGGAGGUCCUUUGUAGAACUGGUAUCUUAGUGCCAGCCUCACCACCGCUAAGUGGUUCUUUGCCUACACUCCCUACUCAUCUCCCAACUGGAAAAAAAAAUGCUUGGAAACGACACAACUCUGACACCUGGAAGCAUAGUAUAUAUCACUGUAGAGAUUGUUAUUGGACUUUGUGCCAUUGUAGGCAAUGUACUCGUCAUCUGGGUGGUAAAGUUGAACCCAGGUCUGCAGAAUACCACCUUCUACUUCAUUGUGUCUCUGGCCGUGGCUGACAUCGCUGUGGGUGUGCUGGUCAUGCCUCUUGCCAUUGUGAUUAGCUUGGGCAUCACCAUUCACUUCUAUAACUGCCUUUUUAUGACUUGUCUGCUGCUGGUCUUUACCCAUGCCUCCAUCAUGGCCUUGCUCGCCAUUGCUGUGGACCGCUACCUGAGAGUCAAGCUUACGAUCAGAUACAAGAGAAUUAUCACUCAGAGAGUAAUAUGGACCUCCCUGGGGGUCUGCUGGCUGGUGUCGAUCUUGGUCGGACUGGUCCCCAUGUUUGGCUGGAACGAGAGACUGAGCCCGGGGACCUCUGGGAAUGCCAGCUUCCUCCCAUGCCGCUUCCGCUCGGUUAUGAGGAUGGACUACAUGGUCUAUUUCAGCUUUUUCACCUGGAUCCUCAUGCCGUUGGUCAUCAUGUGUGCCAUCUAUGUUGACAUUUUCUACGUCAUCCGCAACAAGCUCAGACAGAACUUCUCUGGCUCCAAAGAGACAGGUGCAUUCUAUGGGAGGGAAUUCAGGACAGCCAAAUCCCUGCUUCUUAUCCUCUUCUUGUUUGCUCUAUCCUGGCUGCCUCUGUCCACCAUCAACUGUGUUUCUUAUUUCUUCCCUAACACAAAGGUACCCCAAGAGUUGCUCUGCUUGGGUAUCCUGCUGUCUCAUGCCAACUCCAUGAUGAAUCCCAUUGUAUACGCUUGCAAAAUAAAAAAGUUCAAGGAGACCUACCUCCUGAUCCUCAAAUCCUAUAUCCUACACAUACCUUCUGACUCCUCGAGCAAGGAGCAAACUUCGGGAUAGAAAGCCUGGGAAUGACAAUUGCCAGUCCCCUUGACCUCAUCACUUCCCUUGCUGGAGACUGAGGGAGUCCUUUGGCUCAUCAUCUCAUUGACUGGAUCUACACAUCCCACUCUGUCUUUGCUCUGAAAAGGAUUGGACUCCAGAUGGCAGCUAUUAGAAAACUCACCCACCUGUACUCUGCUCUCCUCUGAGCUUAUGGGAAGCCUGAGCAAUAAGUGCCAGAGAUUGCUCUGGCACUUGUAUAUCUCUAAAAUGGGAACUACGAGACUCAGUAGGUGGUAAACAUGUUGGACAAUGAUUGAGUUCUGUCCCAUUGUAUCUACCCUUCUCCUAACAACAGCCUUGUUCUUAAUACCUACCGGGAAGGAUGGGUGGGAAGGAGACUGAACAGAAUGAUGGUUUGAACUACUGAGUCAACGUGUGCGCAUACUUGAUCAAAUAAAAGAUGAUACCUUAA